AUGGGACCUGUCCGUCGCAUCGCUCAGAUUGUUCACCUGAAGCCCUCUGCUGUGGCGGCAUACAAGGAAUGCCACGCCAACGUUUGGCCUGAAGUCCUUCAACAGAUCAAGGACUGCAAUAUCAAAGACUACUCAAUCUUCUUUGACAACGAUCGCACCCUAUUCGCUACAUUUAAAUAUGUCGGCACAGACUUUGAAGGGGAUAUGGAGCUCAUGCGGGCAAACCCAAAGAUCAGGGAGUGGUGGGCUAUGACUGACGGAAUGCAGGAUAGCCCCAUUCCCGGCGCAGUGAGCAGUGCAGAUGGACCCGGCUGGUGGAAGGUAUUGGACGAGGUGUUUUACACAGAAUAG